UGGAAGAGCGUGACGUCGUCGCUGCCAGCGUGGAACCGACGUCUCCCGGAAGUAAAGUGUCCGGUUCAGUCUGCAGAGUACAGAAAGAAGUCAGAGGAGUAAAUACGAAUCCAUUUGACGCCUUCCCGAAGACUUCUGGAAGGGACGUCGACACGGUUCAUCACUACAGAUCCAGCAGACCCGGCCAGGCUGCCCGCUGUGGGCGCUGAGCUCAAGAUGAUGGUGGACCGUACCUUGGCUCAAGUGGGCAGGAAUCUGAGUGACGCCAUGAGAAUCCUGGGAGACGGACAGAGAGAGCCGGAGGCAGGAGCAGAGAGGUGGCGCCUGAGCAGAACCAGCAUCCCCGGACCCCUGCAGGGAGAUGGUCAGGAUGUUGCCACCAUACUGCAUCUAGUUCACAACCUCAUUCAUGAUGAGGACGAGGAAGAGGACAAGCCGAGCCAACAUAGGAUGCAGAAUGUGGGGGAGCAGGGUCACAUGGCCCUGCUGGGUCACAGCCUGGCAGCCUACAUCUCCGUGCUGGACCGGGAGAGACUGAGGAAGCUGACCACUCGGAUCCUGUCUGACACCACGCUGUGGCUCUGCAGACUGUUCAGGUAUGAGAACGGGUCAGCCUACUUCCACGAGGAUGACCGGGACGGCCUGGUCAAAGUGUGUCGGCUGGUCAUUAAUGCCCGUUAUGAAGAGUACGCCUCUGAGGGGUACGCCGUCCUCAGCUCCAAACAGCCGGUCAUCUACCAGAGCGCCUCGGGCCGGCCGGGCCUGGGCCAGCAUCUGUGCAGCCAGCUUGGCCUGCCUCUCUCUAGUCUGUGCACAGUCCCGUGCAACACCAUCUUUGGAUCCCAGCACCAAAUGGACGUGGCCCUGUUGGACACACUGAUCAAAGAGGACAUCGAAGCCGGGAAGCUUCCUCUGCUGUUGAUCGUCAACGCAGGAACCCCUGGGGCAGGACACACGGACAAGCUGGCUCGUCUGAAGGAUGUGUGUGAUCAGUAUAGCAUGUGGCUCCAUGUGGAGGGGGUCAACCUCGCAACUCUGGCACUGGCUCAGGUCACCUCUGCUAUCAUGGCAGCCACCAGAAGUGACAGCAUGACCCUGACCCCGGGUCAGUGGCUGGGACUGCCCGCUGUCACUGCUGUCACCCUCUACAGACAUGAAGACCCAGCACUGUCCCUGGCAGCGGGUCUGACCUGCAGCCAGCCGGUGGCCAGGCUGCGUGCGCUGCCUCUCUGGCUCUCCCUGCAGUACCUCGGACACAACGGGAUCGUCCAAAAGAUCAGACAUGCCACCGCGCUGAGCCAGCAGCUCCUGCAGAAGCUAAAAGCUAUGACCGCCAUCAAAACAUCGGGCGUGGCGUCGCCGAUCCGGCCCAUCUCCGGGGCUUCGCUGCGGGACGUUCUGGGCUCUCUCUUGCUCUCAAUUGUGGAGGACGAACUCAGCUCUCCUGUGGUGCUGUUUAAGUUCUCCCAGGAAACGAGUGCUGCGUCCAGUGGGGGUUCAGUGGAAGGUUACUGUGAAGGGGAGAAAGAGGUGCAGGAUGCCUUCAACAGAUGGCUGGGUGAACAGCUGGUGCAGCUGGUUCCCAGCAGCGGGGUCGAUGUGGUGGAGCUCGAAGACGAGGGUACAUGUGUUCGCUUCAGUCCCCUCCUGACUGCUGCAGUUCUGGGGACUCAGCAGGAGAACGUUGAGGAGCUGGCGGAGAAGCUGGCCCAGCUGUUGCCCGGGAUGUGCUCCACCAUGUGCCUCAGACAGGACUUCAGAGAGGAAGUCCACCGACACUCCCCCACACUCACAUACAUCCAGGACCUCAGCUGGCCUGGCCUCGGGGCUGUGCGGUACGAGCCUCAGACUGAAGGAGUGGAUGAGAGCAGGAGGAAGCAGGAGCUGGAGAAAAUCAACACUGAGCUGCUGAAGAAACUACAAGACCUGGACACAGACAUCGUUUUCUCCACAGGCCCUGAGUUUGAGACAGCGGAGCACUGCGUCUUUGUUGGCAUGGUCACGGAGGACGUCGAUGUUUCAGAGUUGGUGGAUACAGUAGCUGCCCUCGGGAGGGACAUCGAGGAGAGCGGGAGGCUGUUGGAGAACAUGACCGAGGUGGUGAGGAGAGGCAUCCUGGAGGCGGAGCAGCAGCUGCAACUGGCCAAUGAGGAGAAACUCAUGGAAGAGGGGAUGCUGAGGCAGCUCCCUCUGGUCGGCUCUGUUCUGAACUGGUUCUCUCCGUUUCAAAGUUCCAUUAAGGGCCGGACCUUCAACCUGGCUGCAGGUUCCCUGGACUCCACAGAGGGGACGUACUCCACCAAGGCCCAGACAGGCAGACCGUCCCUGCAAGAGACUCCCACCUCCUCAAAGAAACUACCAGGUCAGAGGUUAUUCCGGCGCUCAGGGGCGGGCUCUGAGUCCUUCAGUGAAACCAGCUCCGUCGGACAAGCUGAGGAGCCAACCGGGGGGGGUGGGAGCACUCCAAGCGGCAGCGUCCCCCCACCAGCCUGUCCGCCUGCAGCCGAGGAGAACGCACACGCUGCGGGGGACGAGGACAGCCGGGAGUCUAGUUUGAAGGUGCACACGCCGGUGGAGGAGGAAGUGACCUCAGAGGAGAGGCAGCCUGAAGGCCGGGAGGCGGAGCCGAGCGGGACAUAGGAGAACUGUCUCUGCUGGCGUAUCAGUCCAACAGACGCCAAACAGACAGGUGUGAUCCCAUUGUGAAUCUAACUCUUCCAGUUUUAAAGGGUUAACCCGAGGUGGUAGAUCAGGCUGUUUUUCUCUGUCCUAAUGGGAAACCCCCCCC